AUGGCUUUUAGGCAUUCAGCCUACUCGAACCCGUCAUCCGCUGCGCCGGGCCAUGGACGAAGCAACACGAUGCAACAGGCGGGCACAUCACAGGUCUCUACGACCACGCUGUUGAAUGCACUGCACAGCUCCUUCUCCUCCGGGCAGCCAUAUCAGCUGGAGUCAAGCAGCAGUCUGGUCGUCAACACCUGGGUCACUGCGUCUAGCACCGGUCCCGAUGGAAGAUAUGGAGGCACAGUCGACGCGGAAUUGGCUCGACGGAUAUGGGAACAUGCCAGACGUCGAGCAGAGGAUGGCUGUGUGAUAUUAGGAUCCCUUCACCACUCUACGCCAUCGCUCUUCGCGCCCUUCGCAUCCGCUCUGCCCCUCUCCAUCCCAGGCACAUUCUACACAGCACUGGACGCUCUGCGACCGUUCCUACACACAGUCACACCCUUCAAUCCAUCCUUACCGCGAUACUCCGCACUCGCUGGUGUCUUCACGCUGGCUCUCUCCGGGGAGAUUACUGGCGCAUCUCUCAGCUUAUCCACUGCCGGCAUCGAUACCGACGCUGGUCUUCUCAAUGUUCCCACCGAACCUGGCUACCGAGCCUUCGAUGUCUUCUACUACCUGCUCACCAGCCAAUCGGAGCAGGAACGAGAGUUCCUCGGUCUCAAGCGACCUAGAGAGUAUGCUCUGCUCCGGAAGUCCGACACUUAUGAUCCACCCACGUACCUUCCCACCGCCGACGAUGCUGCCGCCGCCGAAGACUUUCGCGAAUCCUUGAAGGCCAUUGGCAUCAAGGGCAGCUCUCUCCGAAGUCUGCUGUCCGUCGUCGCUGCGAUCCUCCGUCUCGGAGAUGCCCUCGGGUUCCUUGUGAAUGAAGAAGAGCUGGCGGAGGUCUGUGAAGAGGUGGGAGGAUUAUUAGAUCUUGACCCCGAGGUCAUCUUCAAGAAAUGUUCCACUGAAGACAGAGACAUCCUGAUUGGCGCCCUUUACGAAGCACUCGUGGACUGGGUCAUCAUGAAGGCCAAUGAGGCCAUUGGAAGUGAGAUUCGCACAGGUCGGGCCAUUGGAUCGAGCAGCGGUAGCGAUAAUGGUGCUGCCACGCCACUUGGAAGCCUAGAGGAUGGUGACAGCGUCAGCAUCACCGUUAUCGAAGUGACCAGUCAGACACUGGGCAAAGCUGCGAGUCUCAAGACCGUCUUUGACGAUAGCAAUGGCAUUAAUGCUGAGAUGAAGGAGGACGGCGUACCAAUUGUGCCAGCAGGCUCUUCCGUCAUUCGCGAGAUGAAGGAAGCCGUCCAGCGGUCAGAAGCGGAUCUGGACAUUUCUGGAGGAAACGAAGCAAGGGAACGUGAGAUGGCGCUCGACAAGCGUCAAGAAGUGCUCGAGAAAGUCGGCAUUGAGACCGAAGACGAGACCUUUCUGCGUCAUGUGCUGUAUCCUCUCGACGGGCAAGGCGUGGGUCUCGGCAGAAUAGGUCGGUUCACAUUGACCGAUGUGAUGGGUUGCAGCAGAGUCUGGUUCCAGCUAUGUUUGCAUCCGAACGAGGAAUCGCCUGCAAACUUCUCGAAUCAGUCGCCACAGAAUCUACCCUGGUCGGCAGGAUCUGUCUCGAGCCAGAUUCGGGCAUGGAGACUUCCCGAGUGGGCCAACUACCGGAGCAAGCAGUUGGACUUUACCGCAGAUUUCGACGUGGAAGAAUUUGUGGAACGCUACCGCCGCCUGGGUUGCCUUGACGGCAAAGAUGGCGUUGAGAGCUGGAUCAUGGAGCGCGGUUGGAGCAAUGGAGAGGUCGUCGUUGGCCACGAACGGAUCUGGAUGCGCGAGCCAGCGUAUUGGGAGGCCGAGAGUAUGCUGGAUAUGAAGCCGAUGGACGACAUGUCGCAGAUGAACAUGCUCGGCGGCAUGGAAGGUGUUUACCCAGCAGGACCAGGAUUUGACGGUCCAUACUAUGACGAUGCGAUCACCGUCCACACGCGGCAACCCAGCCAUGCCGCUCCGAGCCGGAUGGGAGCCAAAUCGCUUGCACCCACCACAGCUCACACGAUGCGCAGCGCGAGCGGUGGUGACUAUGGCCUCGGCUUCAAGGGCGAUGAUAAGCGCAAUUACGUUGGAUUCGAGGGCGAGAUCGAUGGCGAGCUGACCGAGGGCAAGGAGAUGCUCGUUCAGCAGACCACAACCGGUCGGCGCGCAUGGGUCGCUGUUGUGUGGAUCCUCACUUGGUGGAUUCCCUCUCCUCUGAUGAAGCUGGUCGGUCGCAUGAAGCGUCCUGAUGUCCGCAUGGCGUGGCGAGAGAAGGUUGCACUCGUGAUGCUCAUCGCCCUGCUGAACGCUACCAUCGUCUUCUACAUCGUUGGUUUUGGCAAAAUCCUUUGUCCCAAUCGCGACAAAGUCUGGAACCUCAAGCAAGUCGGCUACCACCAAGGCAGGACUGACUACUACGUGGCUUUUCGAGGAGGCGUCUACGACUUGACGAAGUUUUACAAGCUCCAGCACUCCGACAUGAACAACGUUCCGGUCACCGCUGAUGACAUGCUGCAAUUCGCCGGAACUGACGUAUCGCCAUACAUUGUCCCACCGCUCUCCAUUGCAUGCCCCGGAUUGGUUGAUGACCAAAGGCUUACUCUGACACCAAAUGAGACUCUGCCCAUCACUAACGGCGAGCACAUUUCUGGACCAGAGGUGCAAAACGACCAGAAUUCAGCCCUCCACAGCAUCACUUGGUAUUCGGACAAGUUUCUCCCGAAGAUGAGGGAGUAUUACAAGGGCAAGCUUGUUUACAAGCGAUCUGCUGUGAAGAAAGAUGGCGAGGACAACAGUCACAUGUGGUUCAUUCUCAACGGCGAGGUCUACGAUCUCACCGACUACUUCCACUCUGUGGAACUGUUCCAAGGCAACGAUGUCUACAAAUUCCUGCCAGACGAUGUCACCGAACUCGUCCAGUCGAACCCUGGCGCAGAUCUCACGUCGAAAUGGGUCAACUCUGUCCCAGACUACACCAACCGCACCAACACCAUGAACUGCCUUACCAAUCGAUUCCAUAUCGGGUCCACAGAUUUUCGCGACGACGCCCGGUGCCAGGUCAAUGCUUACAUCUUGUUGAUGUUUACGGUCGUUCUCUGCACCGUGAUUGUCAUCAAGUUUUUGGCUGCGCUGCAACUUGGUUCCAAAAAACGCCCAACUCAGCAGGACAAGUUUGUCAUUUGCCAAGUGCCCGCAUACACCGAGGGUGAGGACUCUCUCCGAAAGGGUCUUGACUCGCUCACUGCUCUCGCCUACGACAACAAGAGGAAGUUGAUCUGCGUGAUUUGCGAUGGCAUGAUUGUCGGAGGUGGCAACGAUCGACCCACUCCCAAGAUCGUGCUCGAUAUCCUUGGAGUAGACCCGAAAAUCGACCCACCUGCGCUACCGUUCAAGUCUCUCGGACUCGGAGGCGAACAGCUGAACUACGGAAAAGUGUACUCUGGCCUUUACGAAUUCGAAGGCAAUGUCGUACCGUACAUUGUUGUGGUCAAGGUCGGCAAGGAGUCGGAGCAGACCAAGUCAAAGCCUGGCAACCGUGGAAAGCGUGACUCUCAAAUCCUUCUGAUGAGUUUCUUGAACCGCGUGCACCAUCGUUCGGCGAUGAACCCACUCGAAUUGGAGAUGUUCCAUCAGAUCAACAACAUUAUCGGUGUGGAUCCUGAGCUGUACGAAUAUCUCUUCAUGGUCGACGCCGAUACCAAGGUCAAGGAAGACUCGCUCAACAGACUAGUUGCCGCAUGUGCUAAUGACGCCAAAGUCGCUGGUAUCUGUGGUGAGACUUCGCUGGAAAACGAGGAGCGUAGCUGGACGACCAUGAUUCAGGUUUACGAAUACUUCAUCUCCCAUCACUUGGCCAAGGCUUUCGAAAGUCUGUUCGGCAGUGUCACUUGUUUACCCGGAUGUUUCUGCAUGUACAGGCUGAGAACCGCUGAUAAAGGUCGACCCUUGAUCAUCUCGGACAAAAUUGUCACCGAGUACGCGGACAAUAACAUUGACACCCUGCACAAGAAGAACCUUCUGUCAUUGGGUGAGGAUCGUUACCUGACAACCCUCAUGAUCAAGCACUUCCCAUCGAUGACAUACAAAUUCGUACCAAACGCCCACGCCAUGACCGAAGCGCCCUCCGACUGGAGUGUUCUGCUCUCUCAAAGACGUCGCUGGAUCAACUCCACCAUCCACAACCUGGCGGAGAUGUUGACGGUCGAUCUGUGCGGUUUCUGCUGCUUCAGUAUGCGCUUCGUCGUCUUUAUUGAUCUUUUCGGAACCAUCAUUCUUCCCGCCACCUUCGGCUACCUGGUGUACCUGAUAGUAAACGUCGCCAGCGGGACCGGACAGUUCCCUCUAAUCUCGAUCGUCAUGAUCGCCGCAGUGUACGGAUUGCAAGCCAUCAUCUUCCUGGUCAAGCGACAGUGGCAGCACAUUGGAUGGAUGAUUAUCUACCUCCUGGCAUAUCCGAUCUGGUCAUGCAUUCUUCCAAUCUACUCCUUCUGGAAGCAGGAUGAUUUCUCAUGGGGAAACACCCGUAUCGUUAUUGGAGAGAAGGGCGACAAGAAGCUCGUCGCCGUUGAUGAAGAAGGCUACGACCCACGCAACAUUCCCCUCCAGCGCUGGGACGACUAUGCCACGGCCAACAAUCUUCCUGGGCGUCGCGGCUACGUACAAGAGAAGGAGAGCAUCUACCAGGAUGGUGGCUACGAAAUGGAUGACAUGCAUUCGGUGUAUUCCUCCGUCAAGCCAGCCUCCACCAUCCUAACCGGCUUCCCUCAACAACAGUCGUUCCGCCCACCACAAUCACCAGGUCCGUUCAAUGCCUACGGCCGACAGUCCGCCAUGUCGCGCUACACAGAGGCUCCCUACCAAGCUGAGCAACACCAACGCCUCAUGUCCAUGGGCAGCAACGCUCUCUAUUCUCCGCAAAACUUUUCGCAAGACAACCUUCUCCUCGGCGGGGGUGCUCACUCACCCAACAACAUGAUGUACGAUCAACAGCGCACGCGGUCUCCCAUGGGCACUCUCGCCGCUCAUAGCCGUUCCGGCAGCACGAACCAGCUAUCCGGAUUCCAAACCCAAGGCGUGAGCAACGAGGCCAUCACCGUGGCGAUUCGCGAGUGUUUGAACGAGGUGGACCUGGACACCGUGACUAAGAAGCAGCUCAAGGCGUUGACGGAGCAGAAGCUGCAGGUUCAACUGCCUGGCGACAAGAGGGCCUUCUUGGACUCGCAAAUUGAUUACGAGUUGGCGAAUAUGUAG